GCAGCAGAGCCUCAGACUGUAAACACAGGUCAUCCCCACCAUGCACAACCAGCUGAAGAUGAAGUUCUCUUCGGAGCAGGAGUACCCCGACCUCAGCCAGCACAACAACCACAUGGCCAAGGUCCUGACCCCUGACCUCUACGAGAGCCUGAGAGACAAGGAGACGCCCAGCGGGUUCACCCUGGACGACCUGAUCCAGACCGGCGUGGACAACCCAGGUCACCCCUUCAUCAUGACGGUGGGCUGCGUCGCCGGAGACGAGGAAACCUACGAGGUGUUCAAAGAGCUGCUGGACCCCGUGAUCGAAGACCGCCAUGGGGGAUACCAACCAUCAGACAAACACAAGACGGACCUGAACGCUGACAACCUGCAGGGCGGAGACGACCUUGAUCCAGAUUACGUCCUGAGCUCUCGGGUCCGAACAGGAAGGAGCGUCCGUGGAUUCUGCCUGCCACCGCACUGCAGCCGAGGAGAGAGGCGCGCCAUCGAGGACCUCUCCAUCGAGAGUCUGGACCUGCUGGAGGGAGACCUGAAGGGGACGUACUACGCUCUGAAGAACAUGACGGAGGAGGAGCAGCAGCAGCUCAUCGAUGACCACUUCCUGUUCGACAAACCCGUCUCCCCCCUGUUGCUCGCAUCCGGCAUGGCCCGAGACUGGCCCGACGGCAGGGGCAUCUGGCACAACGACAACAAGACGUUCCUGGUGUGGGUGAACGAGGAGGAUCACCUGAGAGUCAUCAGCAUGCAGAGAGGAGGCAACCUGAGGGAGGUGUUCCAGCGCUUCUGCUGCGGUCUCACACAGAUCGAGGACCUCUUUAAGGAGCGAGGUCAUGAGUUCAUGUGGAACGAGCACCUGGGCUACGUGCUUACCUGUCCGUCAAAUCUGGGCACGGGGCUGCGGGCGGGCGUGCACGUGAAGCUGGCGCACGUGAGCCGGCACGAGAAGUUCGGAGAGAUUCUGAAGAGGCUGCGUCUGCAGAAGAGAGGAACAGGUGGCGUGGAUACGGCGGCGGUGGGGGGGGUGUUCGACAUCUCCAACGCGGACCGGCUGGGCUUCAGCGAGGUGGAGCUGGUGCAGCUGGUGGUGGACGGCGUGCAGCUGCUGGUGCAGAUGGAGAAACAGCUGGAGGCCGGGGGGGAGCUGGACGACCUGAUGCCGGAGCAGAAGUGACCUGCGACCCCCCCUGACCCCCCCUCAACUCACUAUAACAAGAUUCAACCAAUCAGAGCCCUCCUCACCUCACUGUAACCAAUCAAGAUUCAAGGCUUUUAUUGUCGUGUGUACAUCAGCUACAGUUUAGUUAGUGCAGAUAGACCCCCCCUGACCCCUGACCCCCCAAUCAGAGCUGUCCUCACCUCACUGUAACCAAUCAGAGCCUUCCUCACACUCACUGUAACCAAUCAGAGCUGUCCUCACACUGCUGGACGUGUAGAGCUAGACUCCAACACGACUAGAGUUUCUGUUUCCUGUCGGACCGUCUAACACCUGAAAUAUAUAAUAAAGUCUGUGUGGCCCCGACUAA